AUGGCAGCCGGGCCGAACUGGGGAACGUUACCCAGUGUCAUUAUAGUGGAGAUUUUAUCCUAUCUUUCGAGAAAAGACAGACUGAAAACGUCUUCGGUGUGCAAACGAUGGAGAAGCUGCUUAUUUCACCCGACAUUAUGGCAGAAAGUCACUUACAAACUGGGUUCGAUGUAUCGACAGCAGGCGAAAUUUCUGGCAGACACCUGCGGACGAUUUGUCCGAGAAACCACUAUCGAGUUCAACUCACAUAACUCCAUCGAGGUCAGAGAGUGCUGCCGAAUUCUGGACGUUCUGGCCAACAAUAAAAACACACAAGCAUUAUCCAUACGACCUUCGAGUUGCCACGUGGAAUGGCCCUCCGUUGCAGGAACAGAUCUUGUGGAUAGGUUUCUGGACAAUAUUGAAGCCGUGUUAAGAAACAGCAGAAAAUUGCAGCACUUCUCAUUAGGCUAUGCUGAAGAGCUGUUACAGUAUUCCUGUGAUUUCCUCUUGCAAUUGGCGGAUCAUCAUUCCAACCACCUGGAAUCUCUUCACCUGGCCAGCAUCAAGGAAGAUUCGGAAAGCUACGGCAUUAUUGAACUGAACACGGCACCGUUUGAACGGUUUUCCUGCCUCCAUACUCUCAGCAUUGACUACGAUCAUCUCACAAACAACCUCCUUGAACUGUUUGCCAACAACCGGAAGGCCAAGCUGCGAAAGCUCACGCUUCACGUACACGGCGUAGAGCCAGACCACCAAGGCGUGAGAAAUGAGACAUGGCGUAAGCUGCGUAACUACUGUCCACAACUCGGCGUGACCAUAAAUCUCAUCCACUCGACGGAGGGCACUCACCGGCUCCUCGACAUCCUGCAGGUUCAUAUGCCGUUGGUCCAUUUUCGACAGUUUUUCUGCACUAACAUUAAUGUGGCUGCCAUCAAUUACAUUGCAACACAUUUCGGGAACACGCUGCGCUCAGUGUACAUAAUGGAUGGCCUUCUGCAGGGCCUACCCAGUCUCUACCACUCCACUACACCAGAAGAUCCGUUCGUCAUGCUGGCCUGGCGAUGCUCUAAGCUGGAGCAUUUCACACUCAUUGGCUAUGCGAUGUCAGAAGAAGAUGUGGUGGCCAUUGCCAGGCUGAGGGGAGAUCAGCUAAAGUCCCUGGUCCUCCCGGAGAACUGUCUUCACCAAGGGGAGAGCCCUGAUGAUCUCCAGACCUGGGCCAAUAUUGGCGAGGUUUCAGACAACUUCUCUCACAAGGUUUCAGAGGGUCUUGGUCAAACUUGGCAUCCUCUCAGAGAUGAUGAACUGCAUCCUGCUAUCCUAAACUUCCAUGCUGAUGCAGAGUCUGCUUACAUGAACAUACUCCUGCAGGAUCAAACCUGGUAAUCCAACUCCACAAAACAAGAUACAUGGGGCUCCAUAAGGUAACCUAUAGCUGCAGACAUCAGGAGGCUCCAGAGGGUAAUCUGCAACUACAGAGAUGAGGCUCUACAUGGUGAUUUAAGGCUAUAUGAACAUGGAGGUUCCAUGGUUCCUACAGGAAACAAACUUAACUCAGCAAUGUGGAACCUCAUGCAGAAAGAAGGCUUGUCCAGCUGUAAAACUAAAACUGCAUAAACAAGGAGGCUUCUCAUGGAAAAACGAAACUACAGAUAGAAUAAGUCACAGCACAGAAGCCUAAAAUUAAAGCACAAAUUAGUCUUUAUGGUUACCUUAAAUUUGCAGAAACAAAGGGCUCCAUAUGGUUACCAGAAACAAGCAGGGCCUGUAGAUAUAUUAACCAUAAAUCACAAGCAGGAAGACCCCAUGGUCUUUGGCAGAGUACCUUAAAUUGAGAACAAGAGAAAAAAGAUAACGUUCAUUUAUAAGGAGAUGAAUAGUAUUUGCUCCUGUAAGUUGAAUUUCUAGAGCAACGUGCUGUUAAGGUACAGCAAACAGCUGCCAUAGAAAUGUUACCUACAAGUGUGAAAUUUCAAACAUGAAAUUUUGGUAACGUAUGGCGUAAGAUGAUUUUGUAUGCACACUGAUGUGAAGAAUGUUCAUAAAGGCUUUACCUGAAAAACACAUGCCCAGUUAUGGUAUUAUAGAACUUCCAGAUACUGUAGAAUUAAGGAAGACAAAUAUGUGGAAAAAUGUUAAAAAUUAAGAGGUUACUGUGCUCUAUUUUAACAAAAUCUUCAAACAAUUUGCAAAGAGACAGCUGCAAAACAUUUUACUUUUCGAAUAGUACUGCAAUAUUUUUACAUUUCAGAUCUGGGCAUAUUGGGUCCUUAGUCCUUGUUUUUUGGACAGAUUUAUUGGGACAUUUUAUUGCAUAUUUACUGAGGAACGUUCUUGUCACAUAAAAUGAUGUGUAAUGUUAAGUUUGUGUUCAUGUUAACUUUGGCCAUGUGUUUUCUUACUUGCUCAGACCACAGAAUUUAAUACAAGGCCUGUUCACGUAGUUGAAUUUCUGUAAUGCCUGUUUUUUCGGCGGUGAGAAAAUCCCAGGGUUUAAUUGUACAGUCUGAUAUAGGGUCUACCGCUGUAUUCAUUUAGUUUUUUUCUCUUUGUCUUAGAAAAGCCAUAGAUAACGCUGAAUGAUUGCUUCUGCAACCAGAAGGUUAAGGUUUUGUGCUGCAGUGUUCUGGUUUUCAGAUGAACUAUGAACAAAUUCGGAUUAUAUCUUGUGAAUAUGAUGGUGCCUUCACAGUUGUUGGAAAUAGAGUAGAUAUUUGUGAUGGUAAGGAAAAUCUUUUGCACUGACCAAGCAACAGGUCUUUGAUCUGUUCAUUAGACCAUGAUGGCCAGUCACACAACUGCAAAGUUGCCUUAGCUUUUUAUUCAAUAGAAAUGUGAAGAAAUUGUAAGUUCUUAAUGAAAAUUUUGUUCCAUCUUUGAAAGCUAAUAUAAUUGUGAUUUUAGUGCUGUCUGGUUAUCCAGAUGAGCUGUACAAUAUUUUUGAUCUUGAGACAAGGAGACAUAUUGUUUUAUUUUUAUUCAUCGUAGUCAGGAGUAUGGUUUCAGGCAGCAUUCUGUAUGCUUUUAUAUAACCUGAAUGCUUAUUUAGUUAGUUAUGUUAGUUCUUAUUUCUAUACCCAUCUGCUGCAUAAAAUACCUUAUAAUGUAUACAGUGUAUUACUUCUGUCUAAUUAAAUUGAACGCUACAUUUAUUUGGCACCUUGUGCAAAACCUUGCCAUGAAUGCAUGUCUGUGAAAAAAUGAAAUGCCAUGCAACAUAUCUAAGCAUAUACACAUUUGCAAACCAUCCCAUGUAACUGAAAACAAGUGACUUGAAACAAAUGUACGCACAGUCUGAAACUGAUAACAAGAGGUACGUGUAAAUCACUAUGCUUACUGCAGCAGUGGACAACGAUCUGUGAUAUCACAUCAGGGGAAUGUCAGACAGUCCAAAGUUGUGAACACCUAUAUCUACAUGUUUGUAUUAAAUCUGUUCUAAAGGCCACUUCUGUUGUAAUAUAUGCAGAACUGAAUAUUUAAUACGACCAGCAUUUAUUGUUACUUUUGUGUAUUACCUGUUGAAUUUUUACUACUCUUGCCCCCUCCACUUUGACAUUAUGAAGGAUGAUCCAACAGAAUAUCUUCCAGAGCUGUAUGUAACAACCACAUGCUAAAGUAUUGACCACUCUGCCCCAGUUUUCCAUUCGUUAUUGUUUUGAAUGGCUGCAGGUUCAGCCAUCUGAAUUCUGGGAAGAGAAGCACCAAGCAUUGUGAAAAUCUGACAGGUAUCUUGCUUGUACGUAUAAUUGUAGAAUAGCACAUUUUGAAGUGAAUGCAAAUCAAGUGGAUGAGAAGAAAUUGUUUUGACCAUGCCCUCUUGAUUGAUGGACUGUUUAUGAUGUGUUUAUUACAUGUGCAGGACUUAAUAUAUGAAGUGUCCAUGUAUUGAUGAGCGUUUUAUCAAAUGAAGUGAUAAGUGCAAUGAAGGCACCAUAAAUCAGGUAUUGAAUACGUGUACUUUGCUGGUUUUGUUUUGAUUGAGUAUCAUGGGACCAUCUGUAUUUUUUACAUCCAGAAAGAACACUUUUGAAAGCCAGUUUUAUUUUGUAUGAGGGCCUAUGUCAAUACUAGUGCACAUGUAAUUAUGAUGGGGCUCUGCUUAUUGUCAACCAUGACACCUGUAUAAUGCUAGGCCCAUAACAACAUGCAAUUAUUCCCAGAUCUCUUUUUCCUAAUAUGACAGAAACGGUCAUAGUUUGUAACCAUGUUUAGAGGUUAUGGAUGGAAGGCUGCCAUUGAGAGCAUGGCAUUAUAGUGCUAAAAUGUUCCUUCUAGACACAUGUAUUAUAUUUAGAUCUUGCACUGAUUACAUGAAAAGCAAAUGAAAUGGGUGAGCCGUGAUGGCAUACUGCCUUUAUACAGGUUGAAUGAUCUUUCAAAUGCAAAUGCCCUGUUAUUAGCCAGUGAAAAGGGAAGAUCAAUUUAUUUAUAAAACCUUGAAGAGGAACAAGGUUUGUUCAGAGCUCCUUGUUUUUCAUGUCAUGUGCAAUGUUCCUUUGAAGACCAUUUGUGGCCAGUUCUAGAAUUCUACAGGUCCACCGGUGCGUAAAUAAUAUGUUUACGUCUCAUUAUUAAGAUAUGUUUACGCUAAUAUUUUAAUUAAUAAGACAUUUUACCAUCUAGUCUUGUAUGUAUUGAAUGCUUUCCUAGGUAUAUAUUGCCUGAUAUUCAGUGUAUGUUGAAGCAAUGUCUUUCUCUGAGCAACUUAAAAGCAGUUGCAUCUUACCGGUACUUUUGACAUAGUCCAUACUGCAGCUCAAGUACACUUGUACACCUCUGCCUUGGGAAUGAUCAUGUAAUAGGUGUUCUUUGUCGUAGUAAUUUGACAAUUUUAAAAUAGUGAUGUGUGUAAUGUAGAACGUGACACAUUAAUUGUGCUCUUGUAAAAAAAAAAAAGAAAAAAAA